GGCGGGUCAGGAAGUGGGGGCGCGGCGGCCGGGAGCGGGCCCGGGGCGGCCGAGGGGUUGGGCGACGCGGAGGGAGGGAGACUCCGGGCCGCUCGGGAGCCGGAGGGGCGCCCCGGCCUCCGCGGAGACGAUGGCGGAGGAAGAAGGACCAACUGUAGAACUGCGCCAAAGAAAAAAGCCAAAGUCUUCAGAAAAUAAGGAAUCUGCCAAAGAAGAGAAAAUCAAUGACACUCCAGUUCCUGAAAGAGCUCCAAAAUAUGUAUUAUUUCAACGCUUUGCAAAGAUUUUCAUUGGCUGUCUUGCAGCACUUACUAGUGGUAUGAUGUAUGCUCUCUACUUAUCAGCAUACCAUGAACGGAAAUUCUGGUUUUCCAGCAAACAGGAGCUUGAACGGGAGAUCACAUUUCAGGGUGAUAGUGCCAUUUAUUACUCCUAUUAUAAAGAUAUGUUAAAGGCGCCUUCAUUUGAAAGAGGUGUUUACGAACUGACACACAAUAACAAAACUGUAUCUCUGAAGACUAUAAAUGCAGUGCAGCAAAUGUCUCUAUAUCCAGAACUUAUCACCAGUGUUUUAUAUCAAGCAACUGGAAGCAAUGAGAUUAUGGAGCCAGUGUAUUUUUAUAUUAGCAUUGUUUUUGGAUUGCAAGGAAUAUAUGUUAUUGCUUUAUUUGUUACAAGUUGGCUUAUGAGUGGAACAUGGCUAGCAGGAAUGCUUACUGUUGCGUGGUUCAUUAUUAACAGGGUAGAUACAACAAGAAUUGAAUACUCCAUUCCUUUAAGAGAAAACUGGGCACUACCAUAUUUUGCAUGUCAAGUUGCUGCACUUACAGGCUACUUAAAAAGCAACUUACAUGCUAAUGUACAGAGGUUUUGCUACGUGUUGAUCAAUGUUUCAACAUACACAUUUAUGAUGAUGUGGGAGUACAGCCACUAUCUCCUGUUUCUUCAAGCAAUCUCUCUGUUCCUGCUAGAUAUCUUUUCACUGGAGCAAAAUGACAAGGUUUAUGAAGUUUACAAAAUCUAUAUAUUUUCUCUCUUUCUGGGAUAUUUACUGCAAUUUGAGAAUCCAGCUUUAUUAGUAUCUCCUUUAUUAAGUUUAGUAGCAGCCUUAAUGCUUGCUAAGUGCCUUCAGCUGAAUGUGAAGAAAGGAACUUUUGUAGCUAAAAUAAUGAAAGUAAUUAAUUUUUACUUGGUGUGUACUCUGACAGUGACAUUGAAUAUCAUAAUGAAGAUAUUUGUCCCACACAAAGAAAAUGGGCACAUGCUGAAAUUCCUUGAAGUAAAAUUUGGACUAAAUAUGACUAAGAAUUUUACAAUGAAUUGGCUUCUCUGUCAAGAAUCCCUGCAAGCACCAUCUCAAGAUUUUUUUUUGCGAUUGACUCAGUCUUCUUUAUUACCUUUCUAUAUUUUAGUAUUAGUUAUUUGUUUUCUUUCUAUGAUGCAAGUUAUUUUUAGGAGAAUUAAUGGUAAGUCCCUGAAAGAAACUGUUACUCUUGAGGAUGGACGAAUUGGAGAAAGGCCAGAAAUAAUUUAUCACGUAAUUCACACUAUUUUAUUGGGUUCUCUUGCAAUGGUUAUAGAAGGCUUGAAAUACAUCUGGAUUCCUUAUGUAUGCAUGUUAGCAGCAUUUGGUGUAUGUUCUCCUGAACUUUGGAUGACACUUUUCAAAUGGCUUCGAUUAAGAACUGUACACCCAGUAUUGUUGGCACUUAUUCUGAGCAUGGCUGUGCCUACUAUUAUAGGUCUCAGUUUAUGGAAAGAGUUUUUUCCAAGAUUAAUGACAGAAUUAACGGAACUACAGGAAUUCUAUGACCCAGAUACAGUGGAACUUAUGACCUGGAUAAAAAGGCAAGCUCCAGUUGCAGCUGUGUUUGCAGGGAGUCCACAGUUAAUGGGUGCAAUUAAAUUAUGCACUGGAUGGAUGGUGACAAGCUUGCCUCUUUAUAAUGAUGAUGAUCUUCUCAAGAGAAAUGAAAAUAUCUACCAAAUCUAUUCAAAACGAUCUGCUGAGGAUAUUUAUAAAAUACUGACAUCCUACAAAGCUAAUUACCUAAUUGUGGAGGAUGCUAUCUGCAAUGAGGUGGGAACCAUGAGAGGCUGUAGGGUUAAAGAUUUAUUAGACAUUGCAAAUGGCCAUGUGGUUUGUGAAGAAGGUGACAAGUUAACCUACUCAAAAUAUGGGCGAUUUUGUCAUGAGGUCAAAAUUAACUAUUCUCCAUAUGUGAAUUAUUUCACUAGAGUAUACUGGAACAGAUCCUACUUUGUAUAUAAAAUCAACACUGUGAUAUCCUUCCAGUCUUGAAAAAUAACAAAGCCUUCAUUUCAAAAACUUACACUACCUGAAGUAAAAUGCGAUUUUCUUCUGCUUACAUGGUGUCUUUUAUAGAUCAGCAUAUGGACGUUUGAAAUGUUGCUGCUGCUUUUCCCCUCCUGCUGUUAACUGGAUCCAUAGUUCUGUGGGAAAUAUUAGAAGAUCAAGCAUUACUGUCUUUUGGUAAAAUGUCAAAUCUGUCAUCUUCAGUAUUUCAGACAAGUGUCUUCCUUACUAUUACAUGGUCUUUAAAAGGUUUUACCUAUUGCAACAUUUCCCCCAUAAAUCUUCAUUCUGUCAUAAUACUGAUCUUGAAUUUGAAUAUGUUCA